AACGGGAGAAUUAUAUUAACAGUUGUCCCGUAAAAACGUCAAAACGUAGCUGUUUAAAAUGCUAGUCAACGUCUUCAGAGCAAUAUAGUUGACUAGUAAGGAAGGAAACCUCAUGGUUCCCCCUCUGAAGUUUAAAGUGAUAUGCCCACUUCGGUUCGCAGGAAAAAACAAGGUUCAAGCUUCCCGAACCCUUUUUUGUUUGGUCGAAAUCAUAGACUGUAAAAAAAAAGGUCGAAAUGCAAUGACCAGGCAGUUCAAAUGUUGGUUCGCGAACGGGAAAUGGACCGGUUCUCUGUUGUGGAUUCGUUUCCGGUACUUUUCUACGUCACGAUGUUCCUUUUUUAGUCCGCCUCUCACUCGCUCACUCAGUAACGUUCGUUCAGUACAGCAUUGUUUUUCACAACAAGUAAAAGUUUCAGAUAGCCAUGGUUAGAAGGUGUUUUUUUCGUUGUGAAGGGCCAUCUCCCUUGUAUGGUUUACCAAAGGUAGAGCCACUACGUACCCAGUGGUUAGAGUUUAUUUUUAACUCUAUUCCUGCGACUUUGCCAAACAUUUAUCUGUGUCCCAACCACUUCACGGACAACUGCUUCAAGAACCUGGGGUUGUUCACUGCUGGAUUUUCAAAGCUGUUAGCUCUGAAUGAAGAGGCUGUUCCAACUUUGUGUGGCCCAAUGGUAGAAGAUAUAUCCUCACAACAUGACCUCAAGCCACCACACCCCUCUUUCCAUCAUGUUGGAUGCCAAACCGACUCUCCUCAGAUCAUUUCGGCAGCAGCACAGACUAAUUCUGUGGAAACACGAUCUAUGGGAACACAAUGUGUGCCGUUAAAGAUGAAAUCUGUUAGCACACAGUUGUCCUGGGGAUCGUUGAAGGUGCCACACAUUCGAAGCAAAGGCAUCCAGACAAAAGUGCCUCUCCUCAGCGUUGGCACUGGAACAGCUUCCCAUUUUCCAGACUUACCAGUGACCUCUACACUAAUAAAGGGGGGUCCUGGGUUGCAAUCUAGAAAGAAGCCUCCACUUGAGUUGGAGGAGGGUGACACCUCAAAUGAAUAUCAUAUGGAGCUGGACUCUACUUACACCCCGGGAGAUUCAGUACUUACAGAAGAAUCGGAUGCAUUGUAUGUUUUGUGUAUUAUAUUGUACAUUUUGUGUAUUUGGCUACGCAUACUAUUUAUGUUCAUAAGAGUUGAGGAAAUAUUGCUGAGCAAAAAUGUAUACUUAAUCUUGUUCUGUUAUGUUAGGUUCGAGACACAGGUCACCUAUGAUGAGGCAAAGUAUAUUGUGUUUGAAAGCUGCCUCAAACAGCUAUUUGAAAACUGUCCGGUGUGCAAGAGAAACUGUGAUGUCCAACGACGAAGAAUGGGGACUUAUGUGGCCUUCACUCAGUUUUGUCCACACUGCAACUACUUUAGACAGUGGGAGAGUCAGCCCAUAGUUGGAAGCACCCCUGUUGGCAACCUACAACUUUCAGCUGCCACAUACUUUACAGGUUCUUCCUUCAUCCAACUGGAAAAGGUAUUCAAGGCCAUGCAGCUCCAGAUAUUCCAGUAUGACACCUUCAGGAGACAUGCUAGGAAUUACCUGGAGCCUGCUAUUAUUCACAAAUGGAAAAUGGAUCAGCAGAAUCUUUUCCAUCAACAAUUACACCAGGGUGGGAAGGUUGCAUUGGGAGGAGAUAUGAGGGCAGACUUGCCAGGGCACUCAGCAAAGUUUGGCAGCUACACUCUGAUGAACCUGGAGAGCAACACCAUUAUGGACAUCCAGCUUGUUCAAAGCAAUGAAGUAGGUGGCAGUUACCACAUGGAGAAAGAGGGACUCAGAAGAUGCCUAGAUCUUCUGGAGUCAAACGGGUUGGCGGUUGAUUACAUCGUUACGGAUCGUCAUCCUCAGAUACAGAAAUAUCUGAGGGAACGAAACAUUGUACAGUUCUAUAACGUGAGGCACUUUGAAAAAGGUUUGUCCAAGAAACUGGAGAAACUACAGAACAAGGACUGUAAUGUUUUGAAGAGGUGGCUGCCUAGCAUAAAAAACCAUGUUUACUGGUGUGCAACCUCUUCAAGUACAGGACCAGAAAAGGUGGCAAAGUGGACGUCUCUGCUCAACCACCUUCAAAAUGUUCAUGUGCAUGAAGACCCCCUUUUCCCAAAGUGUUUACAUCCUGACAGAGUUUCAAGGGAUCCAAACAAAUGGCUUCAACCUGGGUCAGUGGCGCUAUACAAAGCGGAAAAAAUUCUCAACAAUAAGAGAGUUCUCAAAGAUGUGGAAAAGCUCAGCCACCAUCACCCGACCUCAACACUGGAGUCCUUCCACAGCUUGAUCCUGCGUUUUGCACCCAAGAAUGUGGUUUUCACAUUCAUGGGAAUGUUGUGCAGGCUGUAUCUAGCGGCCAUGCACUACAAUGAAAAUGCCGGCCAGGAGCAAGCUGUGACCUCUGCUGGACAGGCUGUGUACAAGCUUGUUUUACCGAAGUCCAAGACAGGGGAAGGCAUUGCAAAGCCCAUAAAAACAGACUCUAAAUACAAAUAUGUGGAAGAACUGAUGAGGCUGGUGAUUGAGGAGGUUUUUGAGGACCCUACACCAUUUGUAGAGGAGAUGCAAAAAAUCCCCAUCCCUCCUGACCUGUCAUCGGUUUGAGGCUUCAAAGGAGGAGUUGGUUGCCCGUCAUGUGUCCCGCUUCAGUCAAGCGAUGGUUGAAACCCAACAUACUGACCAGGGGCACGUUUCCCAGUUGCUAAGUCAGCAACUUUGUUGGUUGCAAUGCAAUUUCCCAUUGCCAACCAACUAAAUUGCUAACUGGUUAGCAACUAGUUUUGGGAAACGCACCCCAGAUGGAAACUCCUGUUGUAUCCACAGCAUAACACAUGAUGGAAUGACGACCCGACAACUACAUCCCAAAUAACCCCAGCACCAGGAGCGGAUUGCACCAACUAGUUUUUGCUACACCUGUCAUAAGUGCUAAGUUAGUCUUUGUUAAGACUGGUCUUAGGCCCAUAUAUAUCACCUGUUGCACCAACAGAAUUUAAGACCUGUCUUAACUAAGUAUGGCCGCAACGGUGCACGUUCAUGAAAGUGCCCGUGGAAUUCUAGAAUGGAACAUGCCUUGCCAGGAUACUCAUUUAUUACUUUUCAUUCAUUCAGUUUGCAACUUUUUUUGCCUAAUUAGCUAUGGAGGAUCAUACAAAAAUAAAGAGUCAUUUCUCUGAUUCAGAAAUAAGAACAUUGAUUGAGCAGUAUGACUAAAUAUAUUUUAACUUUGAAACAAAGUAACACAAUAACCAACAAACGAAAAAAAGAGACUUGGAAAAGUAUAACGGAGAGUAUAAAUCAACUCGAAAAUUCUGCAGACUUCAGUACAGUUGAAGAAGUGAAGAAAAAAUCGCAAGAAUUGAUUGAAUAGCUCACUUUCCCAGAGAAUUCUUGAGUCGUGAGUUGAGCCAGGCCAUCGCGCCACCAAAUUGAUUAUUUGGUAGUUUACAUCGCAAAUGAGCUGUACAUUAAUUGAGUUAUAGCCUAGCCUUUUCUGUUGAUGAAGCCUAUAGAUAUUCGUAUUCUGAUAGGCUAGUGCUUAAUACGAAUAUGGGUACCAUCAAUGCAGCCGAUGAUAUCAGGAAUGCCAGAGGCCUGAAGGAAACGCUGCUUGACAGCGCUUGCCUCGGCCUUGUUAGGUAAGUUGACGUAUCAUGGGAGACGGUGACUCAGUGCCAGCGAGACGUAGGCCUACCCUACAAAUUACUCUACAAGCUGUAGAUUUAUGCACGCCAAUCACACCAAAAAAAAUCUCAAAUCUAUUAAAAUGAAACCUUUGAAUUAAUUUAUCGUCGUUGUAGAUAUCUAGCGGAUUCAUUCAGUCUCUCACCCUUAAAGCACAGUCAUUGUACAGUAUAAAUAAGACGUGCCAUCGUUUACUUCAAUUUGUUGUCGUUUAAGCUGCACUCAAUGAUUUUGUGAAAAUUAGGCUACAGAAACCAACACAGAAAACGGUCUCCGCCUUAACAUAAGUCUCCUCUCGACAGGGCGUAAAAUUUAAGACUAGACUUAGAGAGAGCAUCCCAAGUCUGCGUGGUGCAACAGGCGCAACAUCAUUUUAGACAUAGAACGUUGAGUUACGCCAGUCUAAGCAUAAGACUGGUCCUAAGUCCUGUUGGUGCAACCCGCUCCAGUACCCCAGCACCAUAAGUAGUGGUGCACUCAAAAAAUACUCCAUAGAAAUGCAUGGGGCUAGUUUGUCACGCCAAUAUGGCCGUUGUCUACACAUAUCCCACCCCUUCCUCUGCAAAACGUCGACAUGUGAAUACA